AUGCCUCCCUCCCCUCCGGCUUCACCAACAUCUCCCCUCUCACCCAUAGCUCCCUAUCCUCCACCCACAUCACCCAGCUCGCCUGCCUCACAACCUCGCACACGCGCACGCGAAGUCUACGGCUUCACCGCAUACGUCGGAACUCUGCUGCUAUUUGUGCUCUAUGUUGUUUGGGCCGUGACACCGGACGCAUGGCUUGAGAGGAUAGGGGUGGAGUGGUAUCCUAAUAGAGAAUGGGCGAUCCUGGUGCCCGCAUGGACGACUGUCGUCGUUCUCCUAACCUACUUGACUUACCUCGGGCUCGCACUGUCAGCUACACCAUCCUUCACAGAUCUGACCACGAUAACUGAUACGCGCGCACACAUCCUCAAGAUGGAAGGGGAUGUCAACCCGUUGCUGCACUACUCCCGACCAGACGCCGUCCCGCACGAGUUUGACAUCCCUCUGGGGACAGUCAACCGGGUGCUCUACGGGAAACGUCCCCUGUCUUCCGUUGCACCAUGUCAGGCAACGAUACAUUAA